UCGUAGUAGGGUUCGUAAGGUCGCUCCAGGGAGGAGUGAGAGCUACGUGAUGUGUCUCUGCGCGCUUCCUGUCUGCGAGAGAUCCCCAUCUACCCCCGGAGUCCACUGCAGCGUCUGUCCCCGGCGUCGGACGGUCAAAACCCCACAGGUUUCCUCAUCAUGUCUGUGAACCUGAGCAAAAACGGCCCAGCUCUGACCGCGGCCUACAAGGAGGUGGUGGAUGAGAAGUCGCAGACUAAUUGGGCUCUCUUCACCUAUGAGGGGAACACCAAUGACAUCCGGCUGGCAGAGAAAGGAGACGGUGGUCUUGAGGAGUUGGUGGAGGAGCUGAACACUGGUAAGGUGAUGUACGCUUUCUGCCGUGUUGAAGACCCCAACUCUGGCCUUCCCAAAUACGUCCUCAUCAACUGGACCGGUGAAGGUGUUAAAGAUACCAGAAAAGGCCAGUGUGCAAACCAUGUGAGCUCUAUGGCCAACUUCCUUAAGGGAGCUCACGUGACCAUAAACGCACGGGCGGAGGAAGACGUGGAGCCUGAAGCCAUCAUGCAGAAAGUGGCCAAAGCCUCAGGAGCCAACUACAGCUUUCACAAAGAGUCCAAUCGCUUCAGAGACAGCGGGCCGCAGGGGCCUGUGGGAUCUGUUUACCAGAAGACUAACGCCAUGUCUGAAAUCAAGAGAACCAACAAAGACACUUUCUGGGCCCAGGCAGAGAAAGAUGAGGAGAAGCGUCUUCAGGAGGACAAGAGAAGGGCAGCAGAAGAGAGGCAGCGGCUAGAGAAAGAGAGGAAGGACAGAGAGGUUAAGGAAGCAGAGUUACGGGAAAAGCAAGCAAAAGAGAGGGCGUCACAGAUAGAUGAACAAAGGAAGUACCAGCAGAAGCAGGACGCAGAAAAUCGAGGCCAGCAGAAACAGCAAUGGGAGGAGGAGGAGAGGAAGCAGACAGCACAGAAACCCUUUAGACGCGGAGAGUCGGUGGAAAAAGCCAACGAAGCCGCGGCUCUCGUCUCCCAGCGCUCCGUUAAUCCCAGAGAAAUGUUCAAACAGAGAGAGAUGGGCAUCAACCCUGCUAACACAGACAAUACUCAGUCCAGUCCAAAACCAGGGCGGUUGAACAGCCCUUUUCUAUCCAAGCAGUCAUGUGACCCAGAGCCAUUUCGCUCUCCCGUGCGUCAGGCCUCACCUUUACGAGCCAGAGAGCCCAGUUUUGAGGAGCAACCCAGAUGUCAUUAUGUGGAACCAGAGCCAGAUCCCGAGCCAGAGUAUGAAGAUGUACAAGCGGUCACUGAUAUUUAUGAAAUGCCUGUAGAACAAAAGCAGCCUCAAUAUGAGGCAGUAGUGGAACAAGACGCCAUCUAUGAGGAUCCAACACAGGUGGAGGAGGAGAACAUGUAUGAUACGGCAGGAGACCGCGGUGUCUGCGCCAGGGCUCUGUAUGACUACCAAGCUGCUGAUGACACCGAGAUCUCGUUUGACCCAGAUGACAUCAUCACUGGCAUCGAGAUGAUCGAUGAAGGCUGGUGGCGAGGAUACGCACCCGAUGGCCGCUUCGGCAUGUUCCCGGCAAAUUAUGUGGAGCUCAUCUAACGCAGCUAACAUCUCCCCCUCCCUCACGAGAAUCAGACUGAAUUAAUUGUCCCACGUAGAUUUCAAUCUCUACUAUAUAUUUGAUUGAAAAGACUAAAAUUAAAAUCACGGAGCAAAACAGUGACGAUCAUGUGACCGGAGGUGUUUCAACCCUGGUAUUUCACACUGUACUGAUACUUUUCCGUUGUUUGUUUUAGUUCAUUUCAAGCUA